AUGGACCCACACUCAAGGCUCAUGACCAUAUAUGGAUGGCUUGGAGGGUUGAUUAAUCGAUGCAGCUUUCUUAUCUCAUCACCGUGCACCCAUAUCUGCCAACUGACGACACUUAUACAUAAUUGCAUAGACAUAGAUGGACCAGGUGUUUCUCUAUUAUCAGGUGACCUAGAUCGACAGGAAGGGCAGUUCUGGUAUUUGAAAUGCAAUAAGGUUCACGAUACACCAGGACCUGGGGCAGAUAGAAACGGAUGGAUACAUUCCAAUCGUAUUGGUGGCGGUGGUGGCAUGAUCAUUGCUCAGUUAUCGGGAAGAACAGUCGACUGGCUAUCAACAUACAGUAUCAAAGGCUUCAUUCAACCAAGUAGACAAUGCGCAUCAAACCCUAAGUACUUCAUCGGAAGUUAA